UUAUUCAGUGGUGUUUGUAUCAUAGUGUUGAUGUUAACAUGUGUAGGUGUGAUGGCAUGAGUCCUUUAUAUGUAUCAUCAGAAAGAGGUCAAGCUGACGCAGUGAAGAUGUUAUUGGAAAAAAAGGCAGACGUUAAUAAGUGUCCACAUUUGGGAAAAGCUCCUCUAUCUAUGAGUUGUCAAGAAGGUCAUAUAGAUUAUUAUAUCGCAAAGAAGUUACUGAACAAAAAACCAGACAUUUACACGCUUAGUAUUGGUGAACCGACUCCCUUGAUGGUUGCCUGUCAUAACAAUCAUCUAGAUAUAGUAAGAUUAUUACUACACAGUAAGGCAGACAUAAAUAAGUGUUCAGAUGAUAACACAUCUCCCCUAUUUGUUGCUUGUCAGAUGAAUCACAUACAUGUUGUACAGCUGUUACUUGAUAACAAGGCUGACACUAAUAAGUGUAGAUACAAUGAAAUAUCUCCCUUGAUUAUGGCCUGUAAAAAGAAUCAUUUAGAUAUAGUAAAGCUGUUACUGUCCAACAAGGUAGAUAUUGAAAAGUGCACAACAGAUGGAGUAUCUCCCCUGGCGAUUGCUUGUCUGUAUAAUCAUGUUGAAAUGGUAAAGUUGUUACUUGACAACGCUGCAGAUAUUAAUAAAUGUGGAAAUGAUGGAGUAUCUCCCCUGUUGAUAGCUUGUCAGAUGGAUCAUGUUGAUAUAGUAAAGUUGUUAUUGAGCAAAAACGCAGCCAUUGAUAAGAGUUGUCAUACAGGAAUAUCUCCCUUGUAUACGGCUUGUGAGGAGAAUUAUGUAGAUAUAGUAAAGCUGUUACUUGACAACAAGGCAGAUGUAAAUAGAUAUGCAAAUGAUGGAACUUCUCCCUUGUUCAUUGCUUGUAAGAAAAAUCAUAAAGCUGUGGUAAAGCUGUUACUGGACUACAAUGCAGACAUUAACAAGUGUAAGGUUAAUGGAGCAUCUCCUCUGCUGAUGGCUUGUCAGAUGAAUCAUGUCGAUAUAGUAGAACAGCUAUUACUGUACAAUGCAGACGUAAAUAAGUGUAAUAAUGACGGUACGUAUCCCCUCUUGGUUGCUUGUGAAAUGGGUCAUAUAGAUAUAGUAAAGCUGUUACUGAAGAACAAGGCAGACAUAAAAAAGUGUGUUCACGAUGGAAGAUCUCUCCUGUUUAUGGCGUGUCAGGAGAAUCAUUUAGAUAUAGUGAAGCUGUUACUGGAUAACAAUGCAGACAUAAAUCAUUGUUUGAAUGAUGGAACAUCUCUCCUGUUAAUGUGUUGUGAUAUGAAUCGUAUAGAUAUAGUAAAACUGUUACUCGACAAGAAUGCAGACGUUAAUAAGUGUAAAGGUGAUGGAACAUCUCCCCUGUAUAUGGCUUGUUAUUUGAAUCAUGUAGAUAUAGUAAAGCUGUUACUCGACAAGAAUGCAGACGUUGAUAAGUGUAAAUGUGAUGGAGCAUCUCCCCUGAUUACUGCUUGUAUUUUAAAUCAUGUAGAUAUAGUAAAGCUGUUACUGGAUAACAAUGCAGACAUCAACAAGUGUACAGAUGACGGAAUGACUCCCCUGGAUUUUGCUUCGACUUUCAAUAAUGUAGCUACAGUAAAUUUGUUACGUUUUCGGGGGGGCACUUCGUAUAUACAAGGUGAUAGGACGUGACGCUGGAAUAGGUCACUUUUUCCAGCUUGAAAAUAUGGGAAUAGGUUGGGAAAACUAUCAGAAAUAUAUGAUAAGGUCGAUAAAGACCCAAUAACUUGUAUAUGAAAAGUCCUGUCAUAUUUUUACAGCCGAAAGUCCCGCCGUAAGAAAACAUAAUACGCAGAGUCUUAGUCUUAAAUAUUCCACUUUUCCAACACAACCCACGAAACCCAACUAACAUGGAAAAAGGUUACAAUUUUACCUACGCAAUAUAUGAAAAGGUAUACAUUUUUGAGAUCUAAAUUAUAUGAAAAGGGUGGGGUAACAGAACCCCAGCAACACCCCCUAUCAAUUAAGUAUUGAAAUGUCCCUCCCUUACCCCCCC